AUGGGGUUGUUUGGGAAGAAAGACAUCCCUAGCAGUCCUGCUGAGGACGUCGACGCCAUCGUCGAGGCUCCGAGUCACGAUGCGGAGAAGCAGCAGCCCAUGCACAAGGAAGAAACCCACACCGCACUCCCGCAGAUGCCUCAAGCUGCAAUGUCGAUAGAUCCUGCAUUGGAAGCUCGAGUGCUGAGAAAGUUGGACCUCAGAGUUCCGACCUUGUUAGGAUUUCUUUAUCUCUUAUCGCUGCUCGACAGGAGCAACAUUGGGAAUGCAAAAAUUGCGGGAAUGGAAGAGGAUCUCAACCUUACGGGAAAUCGAUACUCAUGGCUGUUAACGAUCUUCUACAUCUCAUAUACUCUUUUUGAGUUCCUGGCAUUGAUGUGGAAGAUCAUGCCUCCGCACAGAUGGGCAGCUAUCACCGUCUUGAGUUGGGGUAUUGUGGCAACUUGUCAGGCGGCAGUGCAGAAUUGGGGAGGGUUGAUGGCCCUGCGAUUUCUGUUGGGCAUGUCGGAAGCUGCCUUUGGCCCAGGAAGUCCGUACCUGCUAUCAUUCUUUUAUCGACGCCAUGAGUUAGGACUUCGAUGUGGCAUGUUUCUGUCGGCAGCCCCUCUGGCAAACACCUUUGCCGGCGCUCUCGCUUAUGGUAUCACCUCCGGCCAUGCUAGGAUAGCGAAUUGGCGGCUGCUGUUCCUGGUAGAAGGGAGCCCGUCACUCUUGGCUGCCAUUCUGGCUUGGUUUUACCUGCCAGAUCACCCGUCGUCCGCACGUUUCCUGACCGAAGAAGAGAAAGAGGUUACCCGAGCCAGAUCUCUUCGACGGAGUGGUGAGAGCGAGCGAGUUAGUGGGAUCGACUGGAAAGAAUUGGGCCAUACUUUGCUGGAUACGAAGGCGUGGAUUUUGGCAUUUAUGUACUUCAGCUGCAACGUGAGCUUCUCAUCGCUGCCCGUCUUCUUGCCAACGAUCCUGGAAGAUAUGGGUUUUACUUCAAUCAACGCUCAGGGCCUGACGGCACCACCAUUCUUUGCGUCCUUCCUCGUCACGAUCGCCACGACAUGGGUUGCCGAUCGGAUUCAGCAGCGGGGCCUGGUGAUUGCUUGUGCCUCCCUAGUCGGUGCCGUUGGCUAUGUAUUACUUGCGGCUUGCGAUUCUGUUGGGGUUCGCUACCUUGGCGUGUUCCUUGCCGCCAUCGGGGUGUUCCCGUCUAUCGCCAACAUUCUUCCUUGGGCUCUGAACAACCAAGGCUCGGAUAGCCGGAGAGGCAUGGGCAUUGUCAUUCUGAACGUCAUCGGCCAGUGUGGUCCGUUUCUGGGGACCAACGUUUUUCCAUCCAGCGAUUCACCUCGCUUCACUCGCGGGUUGUCUAUCUGCGCCGCGUUCAUGUUCUUUAACACGAUUCUUGCCCUGUCUUUGCGAGUUCUUCUGGCCUGGGAGAAUCGCCGCCUCGAUAAGCGGUAUGGCGCAGUCGCGGAAUGGACAGCUGAGGCUAAGGAUGAGACCGCUGUGGGGGAGGAGAAUUACGGGGCAGGCUUCCGAUAUGUGUUCAAUGGCAUCCGCUUCUCAAUCACCGACCUCUCCCCCCCGACCGCGAGAAUCAUGCCCAUUGUCUACCAAUCCCGAGCUGGCAUCUCCCUGUACGAUGCCCAGUUCUCCCGAGCCACGGGCACGCGGGGCCCGAUCCCGGAGGUGAUCAUCGACCAAGUAGUCGACCACCUGCGACACUUCCAGUCGACCUGCACCGACUUCAACGUGCCGGACACCAACAUCCACGUGCUGGCUACGGAGGCGACGCGGACGGCCCCGAACUCGGCGGAGUUCCGCGCCGCGAUCCGCGCGCACACCGGCUGGGAGGUGCGCCUGCUCUCCAAGGAGGAGGAAGGGCGGAUCGGCGCCCUGGGGAUCGCGAGCAGUUCCGCGUCGGUGGCAGGGAUCGCGAUGGAUCUGGGCGGGGGCAGUACGCAAAUCACCUGGGUGGUGGAGGAGGGCGGGGAGGUGCGGACGAGUCCGCGGGGCUCGUUCAGUUUUCCCUACGGCGCCGCGGCGCUGGGCCGGUUGCUGGAGGAGGCAGAUACCAAAUCAACAAACGCUGUGACGGAGCUCAAGGCGGAGAUGACCCGCCAGUUCCAGACGGCGUACCGCGAGCUCGCGGUGCCGGAAUCCCUGCUGCGCCAGACCCCACCCCUCAGUCUGUAUCUCUGCGGCGGCGGGUUCCGCGGCUGGGGGUACGUGCUCAUGAAGACUUACGCCCAAAAGCAGAGCGAGGCGUACCCGAUCCCCAUCAUCAACGGGUUCCGGGUCCCGCGGGCCGAGUUCCACGACACCGCGGCGGUGCUGGAGGAAGUCGCCGACCAAAACCCGGCCGCCACCAAGGUCUACGGCGUCUCGCGGCGCCGCGCCGCGCAGAUCCCCGCCGUCGCCUUCUUGGUGAACGUCAUCAUGGCCGCGCUGCCGGAGACCGUCGUCACGCACAUCCAGUUCUGCCAGGGCGGCGUCCGCGAGGGCUUCCUAUACGACCGGCUCCCGCGGCCGGUCCGCGCGCAGGACCCCCUGCUCGCCGCGACGCGGCCGUAUGCGCCGCCCUCGGCGGAGGGAAUGCGCGCGCUCCUGCGGGCGGCGCUGCCAGACACCCCGUCGCCGCGGGCCUCGUUCCAGAUCCCGCGGUCGUUCCUCGCGACAAAUCUGCUGGCCGCGCUGGCGAACGUGCUGUUUGCGCAUGCGACGGUGCCCCGCGAGUCGCGGGCCGCCGCCGCGCUGCAUAGCACGGCGACGGGGAUCCUGGCGUCCACCAACUGUCUGUCGCACGUCGAGCGGGCGCUGAUCGCGCUGGUGCUCUGCGAGCGCUGGGACGGGGACCUUGCCCCGAUCGAUGAGGGGUACCAUCGGCAGCUGGUCCGGUGCGUGUCGAGCGAGGAGGCCUGGUGGUGUCGGUACCUGGGGCGCGUGGCAGCCAUGGUCGGGGAUGUGUAUCCUGCGGGCCGGGAGUUCGAGGGGCGUUGGAGGGUGCGAUUCGAGACGGAGUGGCGCGCGGUCGAGAAGAAGGAGGUGCGCGAUGUGCUGCACCUGAAGGUGAAGCGUGGGGACGCUGUCCCGUCCAUGCUACAUGAGAUACUGACGGGAAGGGCGGACGGCCUGGAGAAGGUGGGCAAGAAGAAGAAUUGGGUGAAGGAUCGGGGGGUGAAGGUCAAGGUCACUAUCGUGUAG